AUGGGAAUUACUUGUUCAAAUCAUUAGAAUCUGAUAAGAGAAAUAGACAGGAUAGAUAAGUAAACAAUUUUACUGAAAUUUUUUGAAGUAGCGGUCCACUUAACUACAAUAAUAUCAGAAGAUACAACCAAAGAAGAAUGUGAAUGUUUAUUUUGGAAUAAAAAAAAAGCUAAAUGGCAGUGCAAAAAAAUAUAAAUCGCUAUUACUAAGGUUAAUGAUGACUAUGAAGUUAAGUAUAUUUUAGAUGGAUAAAUUUUAAGAAUGUAUAUACUUCAAUUAAUAAAAAUAGAGAAUUGUAAAAAGUAACUUUUGCUAGACCAUAAGUUUAACCAAUUUAUCUCAAAUUUAUUAUCUUGAAUGGCUUCGAAAAUAUUAAGAGAAUUCUAAAAAGGUAGGAAAAUGGACAGUUAUUUGGAAGGGAGAAUAAAUCAUAGAAGUGGGUGAAUAUUAUAAUAAAUAAAUUAAUUAAGAUAUUAUAUGAUAAUUAGGGAUAAAAAUUGGUAUUUGGAAAGAAAUAAUAAACAAUUAUUCUUCGUAAAUUAAUUUAUUUAAAUUAUAAAGAGAGACUCAAGUUUAUCAAAUUGGAUAAUACUUAGAUAAUUUGAAAAUAGGAAAAUGGAUGUAUAUUUUUGAGAAUGAGUAGAUGUAAAUAAUUCAUAAUUUUACAGCGGUGGUGGAAGAUACAAUUAAUAAAAUUAAAAAGAAGGACUAUGGAUUGAGUUGAAUGAUAAAUUGUUGGAGUAUUUUUUGGGUUAAUUAUUAAAUAAUUAGAUUAAGCUAAGUAACUUAUAAAGGAGAAUAUAAAAAUGGUAAAAAAGUUGGUUUAUGGGAUAUUUAAUACAGGAACAAUAAUAAUGUAUCUUUUUAUUAGAUGUAAAAUUUCAUUAAUAAUAAUCUAUAAAUACCUCAGUGGUGGAGGAUCGUAUGA